CACAUCCGUUGUGACGUCACAUACAGGAACACAACAAUGGCGGACGCCAAUGCGGCGGUGCUGCUGGUGACGGUGUCGCUGGUGCUGCUGGGGCUCGUGGCCGGGCUCAGCUGGUCCUGGGCGCUGCUUCCGGUCGGCGUGGUCGUGUUCAUCUUCAUCCUGGCGCGCGGACUCAAGUCACGCGAUGAGCUGGCGCAGCUGAACGUGUGCGUGCUCGUGCUCGGGGAUGUGGGGCGGAGCCCGCGGAUGCAGUAUCACGCGCUGUCUCUCAGCAAGCACGGAUACAAUGUCACCUUUAUCGGCUUUCUGGGAACUAAACCUCAUCAAGACGUUCUCGAGGACGACCGGAUCGACAUCCUUCCCAUUUUUGAGCACAAAGGCCUCCCAUUUGGUCCGAAAAUCCUCAAAUACGUCACCAAGGUGAUCUCGCAGUCCCUGCAGCUCCUUUACGUAUUAAUGAAGCUGGAUGAUCAGGCGUAUAUUCUUCUCCAGAAUCCUCCGGGACUGCCGAGCAUCGCGGUGACGUGGCUGGCGAGUCGACUGAUGGGAGCUCUUUUCGUGAUCGACUGGCACAAUUACGGCUACUCGAUCAUGGCGCUCAGUCACGGCGAGAAGCAUCCGAUCGUCAUGGUGGCAAAAUGGUACGAGAGAUUUUUCGGACGCUUAGCCGAUCACAACCUUUGCGUCACCGACGCGAUGAGACGUGAUCUUCAGAAGAACUGGAACAUUCGGGCGUCAACUUUAUAUGACAAGCCGCCUUCCAUAUUCCGAGAAACACCUGUCAAACUUCGCCAUGAGCUCUUCAUUCGCAUGGCGAGUGCUUACCCACCAUUUAGAGCUUGUUCUGAAAACGAGGAGAACACGGAGCUGACUGCGUUUACAGAAAGAAACACUCAAACCGGAGAAGUGAUGCUUGCUCCAGGACGACCUGCUCUUCUGAUCAGCAGCACCAGCUGGACCGCGGAUGAAGAUUUCUCGGUUCUUUUGAAGGCACUUGAAGAUUACGAAGGGUUCGUAGAAGCAGGCGACCGUCUUCCAUCGCUCAUCUGCGCCAUCACAGGUAAAGGCCCUCAGAAGGAAUAUUAUCAGAAGAUUAUCAACUCGAAAGAGUUUCAACACGUGAAGAUCUGCACUCCGUGGAUGGAAGCGGAGGAUUAUCCUGUUCUGCUGGGUUCGGCCGAUCUCGGUGUCUGCUUGCACGUGUCCUCGAGCGGUCUGGACCUGCCCAUGAAGGUGGUCGACAUGUUCGGGUGUUGUCUUCCUGUCUGUGCCAUCCACUUCCAGUGUUUGGAUGAGCUGGUGAAACACGACGAGAACGGUCUGAUCUUCAGAGACUCGGCUGAGCUUUCCGAGCAGCUGAAGGUGUUGUUCUCGAACUUCCCGAACGACCAGGGGAAGCUGAGCAUCUUCCGGAGGAACCUCAGAGAGAGCGGGGAGCAACGCUGGGACCAAAACUGGGACCAAAACAUCCUGCCGCUGUUUAAGGAACACUCUGACUGAGCAGCAGAAUUAAUAACGAUAAUCAGAGUAAUAAUAAUAAUGUGGUGAUGAUGAUGAUGAAGUCGUCAUUGUUGCAGGGAUUGGUACAGGGUAAACUUUUUUGUGUCUCAUUCCAGCAGUUCCAUUGGACAAAACUUGAACAUGAAGCAAAAAGCACACACUGUGUAAAUAUGAUGUAAAUAAGCACUUUAUUACAUUUUGAAUUCAGGCAACAGCGUGCACGGUGAUGAUUUCUAUCGAAGAGACUCUGUCAUAUGGGAAGACUUGCGUGACGGGAUUCGGAACGAUGACGUGAUUUAAUCCAGCCUUUUCUGUCCAAAAAAAAAAAAAGUCAUUUAGAUUAAUGUUAAUGUUACUGAGACUAUCUUGACUUGAUGAAUGCCUGUCAUUGUUGUUUCUUCGUCAUCAUCACUGUUGCGUUGUGGUGUUCUGAAAUGGACGAAAUCCUGACAUUAAACUCACCCAGUUCAUUCUUGAA